AAAGCAGACCCAUAUAGUUUAUAUAGUUCACAUAUAGUUUUGGAUUUUGCCUAAUUAUCACACAAACACCACAAUAUAGUGACACACUUUUAGCCGCCCCUUACUCGGUUUGAGCUUCUGAAUAUUGCAUGGACGUGCACGAUGACAUAAAAGCCUCCUUGCAGCGUUUCCUCCGAGGCUGCGGUUGAGUGGAGACGAAGGAAGGUCAGCUCGGGAUAUAUUUUACAUAAACACAGGUCCCUAAAACUUGCUUAGACAGAAUGAUUCGAUUUGCCAGCGUGGUCCGGCGCCUACUGCAGUGAAGGAAUGACACGUACGUUUCAGCUUUGCCCAUUGUUCAUUUAACAGUUUGUUAAUUAGAGGAUGCGGGAUUAGACCGAAAUUCGUUGUCGUUCUCUGACGAACGCCCGGAAGGAGCUGGGCUCGACGCAGACGCUCAGCGGGUUCGUGUGGAUGUUGCAAUUGGUUUUCCAGGGGACCGACACCGACUGCGUUCUCCAGCAGCACACACCCCUCAGCACCGGUGAUGCGUCCCGGCGCCAAGGGCGCGGACAACUCCUCGUUUGAGUCGUCUCGACUUUAGAAUGGUGCAGAAAUCCCUCAACGGCGGGGUUUACCCAACUCAAGCCGGGGAGAAGAAGCACAAAGUCGGGUUCGUCGGCUUGGACCCCGGCGCCCCCGAAUCCAGCAGGGAUGGGGCGCUGCUCAUCGCCGCCUCGGGCAGCGCCAAGCGGAACAGCAUCCUCUGCAGACCGCGCUCCAGCAUCUCCGCCGGGAGACCCAGGCCGUCGAAGAAAAACGCCAGCUAUCGGAAACUACAGAAUUUCCUCUACAACGCGCUGGAGAGACCGCGGGGAUGGGCGUUCAUCUACCACGCUUAUGUGUUCCUCUUGGUCUUCUCCUGCCUCAUCCUCUCAGUGUUUGCCACCAUCAAAGAGUUCAAAAAUGGCUCAGAGAGUGCCUUGUACAUCCUGGAAAUUGUGACCAUCGUGGUGUUCGGGGUGGAGUACAUAGUGAGGAUAUGGGCGGCGGGCUGCUGCUGUCGAUACAGAGGAUGGAGAGGGAGGCUAAAAUUCGCCAGAAAGCCUUUCUGUGUCAUAGACAUUAUGGUGCUGAUUGCAUCCGUAUCUGUGCUGGCUGCUGGAUCUCAGGGCAACGUGUUCGCCACCUCCGCCAUCAGGAGCUUGAGAUUCUUGCAGAUCCUGCGCAUGCUGCGUAUGGACCGGCGUGGAGGAACCUGGAAGCUGCUGGGAUCGGUCGUUUACGCUCACAGCAAGGAGCUCAUCACAGCCUGGUACAUCGGCUUCCUGUGCCUGAUCCUGGCCUCGUUCCUGGUCUACUCUGUGGAGAAGGAGUUAAAUGAUGAGUUUGAGACCUAUGCUGACGCUCUGUGGUGGGGACUGAUCACACUCACCACUAUUGGUUAUGGAGAUAAAGUUCCCAAGACGUGGUACGGACGCCUGCUGGCGGCCACGUUCAGCAUGAUCGGCGUGGCCUUCUUCGCCCUUCCUGCUGGCAUCCUGGGCUCCGGCUUCGCCCUCAAAGUGCAGGAGCAGCAUCGCCAGAAACAUUUUGAAAAGAGACGGAACCCAGCAGCAGGUCUCAUUCAGGCUGCCUGGAGGUUUUACGCUACCAACCUUUCCCGCACAGAUCUGCUGUGCACGUGGGAUUUUUAUGAGCAGAAUGUGUCCGUGCCAAUGUACAGGCUCAUUCCACCCCUGAAUCAGCUGGACCUGCUGAGGAACCUGAAGGGCAAGUCGUUCAGGAAGGAGUCCCAGCCUGAAGCCUCUCCCAGUAAUGAGAAUGCACACAAAGACAGACUUUGUGGGUGCUGUCCGAGAACCAUUAGCCGGAAAGCCAGCCUGAAGGACAAGGUCUUCCCCAGCCCUUCCAAGGCUCCUGCACCAAAAGGAAAGGCCCAGUCUCCAGGGGCGGAGGAGGGGGCUGAAGCCAGUCCCAGCAAGGUCGCCAAGAGCUGGAGUUUCACCGAGAAGAACAAAGGGCCAAAGCACGCCUUCAGGGUCCGGGGAAGCACGUCGCGGCAAAACUCUGAGGAGGCGAGCCUCCCGGGAGAGGAACUCGGUGACGACAAAGGCUGCCACUGUGAGUUUCUCACUCAAGAAUUACCUCCGGGACUGAAGGUUUCAAUAAGGGCAAUCUGCAUUAUGAGGUUUCUGGUCUCAAAGAGGAGAUUCAAAGAGAGCUUGCGGCCUUAUGAUGUCAUGGAUGUGAUCGAGCAGUACUCUGCAGGUCACCUGGACAUGCUGUCGCGAAUUAAGAACCUGCAGUCCAGGAUAGAUAUGAUUGUCGGGCCCCCUCCCCCAUCAACACCUCGCCAUAAGAAGUCCACUGAAGGUCCUAGAGUUGACCAGAUAGUGGGUAAAGGUGCUAAAGCUGAGGGAGAGGCUGAGGACCAGAGCAUGAUGGGACGUCUGGUUAAAGUGGAAAAACAGGUGGCCUGCAUGGACAGGAAGCUUGAUUUCCUCGUCAACGUAUAUGUGCAGCGUAUGGGCAUCCCUCGCUCCGAGACACAGGCCCUCUUCAAUUCCAAAGAGCCGUAUCCAGCUCCGCCUUACCACAGCCCAGAGGAGAGCAAGGAGGACAAAGAGGCAAAAGAGGAGGCGAAAGAGGUGAGGGAGGUGAAGACAAGUUCAGCAGCCGAGGUCCUGUGCUCCGAUGGCUCCUUGGAAAAGAAGGACCCGCUACUGGGUCGGCCCGUGGCGAGGUCCGUGGGCACGCCGUCCGGCAGCCACAGCCGCCCCUCCACCUCGUGGCAGCACCAGCUGCAGCACCCCCUCAGCCAGCCUGCCUGGAGCAGCAGCGUGGCCAACACGCCGUCGCCGGUCGGCGCCAACGGCGACCACUCGCCGGGCCUCUUCCGCCUGCCGCCCCCGCCCGCCCCGGCCCACGACCGCUCCACCUCCGGCCCCGGGGGCAGCAGCAGGGAGAGCGGCUCCCACGGCCGCAGGCGCCACAGGAGGCAGCGGUGCCAGCAGGACGCCGGCGCCGGCGCCGCGGGGAGCGACACGUCGCUGUCCAUCCCGUCCGUGGACCACGAGGAGCUGGACCGCUCCUUCAGCGGCUUCAGCAUCUCGCAGGCCAAGGAGGACUUCUUCGGGCCGUCCUUCUUCGCGGGUUCGGGAGGCGGGCCCGGAGCGGGGACUGAAGCCGGACCUUCUCUCUGUGCCAGGGUCAGGCCCUUCAUAGCAGAGGGCGAAUCGGACACGGACUCCGACCUCUACGCUCCUUCACCCUUGUCCUUCACUGGAGAGGUCUCAUGCGGGGAGAGGGGGUGGCCGGGACUGAAGUAGGCCGGGAUGAGCGUCUGCCUGGCAGAGGCGUGUUUGGUCGAGGUCAACACCGUUGAUCAUCAAUUCAUUAUGACACCGUUGUAGCCAACGUGAAUGAUCGUUGUUGCUGAUGAAUCUAUGCGUUAAGUGGAUGAUUACCGUAGUAGAAUAUAAAAACCACCGGUUUGUCCUUCAUUGCCCUAAACACAAUAGCAUUGUGUCCAUUGAGAUCUCGAGUAAUUAGAAAAUAGCUGCUUAUGGUCUUUAGUUGUGAAGACAUUUGUUGUAUUAGGGAAGAAAUGUGUGUGACAGUGGACAGCUCUCCACUUUGCUUUGAACCGAUACUGAUUUAUUUUAAACAGACGAGAUACUGUUGCAUCACUCUUCUUAUUUUUAGUAGUGAGUGGAUUUUAGCACUUUGUUAAACACUGAUCACCAAACUCUGAAAGCAUAGAGUGUGGGACGAGUCUUCUCACAUGGUCAGCGUAGUGUCUUGAUAACUUCUAUAUGUUUGAAUGACUUGAAGUGUUACUGUAUGAUGCCAAAUCUUAGCUCUGAUAAUCAAUUAGAUUUUUGCAGGGGGAACAAAAUGCUUGCUCUUCAGCCCCAUUAAUUCAGCCCGGCUAAUAUUGAGUCCUGAAGUUUUCCCCUCAAAGUAUUAAAGAACACGCCCUCGUCAAUAAACCAGUCAGUCUCCUGCAUGGCAUGUUAAAUGGUUGAUUUGGGAACUGUGCGAAGCAGGCGACGGAACUACAAACGGCAGUGAAUAAAACAUGAAUAUGUGCAUGCAUGACUGGUUUCAAUCUAAAAUGUGUUCAUUUUUAAAGAGCUUUGCUUGAGGUUCAAUCAUGUAAAUGCGUCCGGGCCUUGCCGAUUUCAAUAGCUCUUCUUUUCUUGGCAAAUACGACUUUAAAUUACAUAUGCACCAAGUUUUAUUUCACAUAUAGGAUGUAUGGAAACAAUAUGGGUCUUACUGGCUUGAGCUCAAACAUUUUCUACUGUUAUCACACAACUUGUAUCAUUGACGCUGGACUGAGUGAAUCACAUGUAACAGUUACUCACUCUGUGCUGCUGUGUCAGCUCUGCACUAAAUAAGGAAACGCAAUAAAAUAAGAAAGGCAACCGAGAACCAUCCUUUACAAACAUUAUCACGGCCUCAGUUUUCACACUGAAAUCAGAUGUUUUACAACUAAGCAAAUCAAAAAAACAAAGACCUAGUAUUUCAAAAAUGUAACGCAAGGAAAGAGCAAAUACUCUAGCUCACUUCCUGAGCCAUUAACACUAAAAGCAUGGGAUUUAUGGGGACAAUUGAAGCAUGAACAGGUUUUGUGAAACUAACCCAAGCUAAAGCAAAUCAGUGUCAACGUUUUAACAUUAGGACUGAAAGGUGGACAUCGACAUCAGUGGAAAUAUAAUUUAUUAACGACUGCUGAUACUUUAUCCAUAUUUUUCAAAAAAUAAGAAACAAACUGCGGCAUGUUUUCUACAAACUAAGACCUAUACGGUUUUACAUUAUACUGCAGCUCCUCAACACCACCUGUAACUGCGCCUCCUUCAAUAAUAAAACUUUGUACACAAAUAA